AGAAAGGAAAAAGGGCAAAUCGAAUUUGGACUUUUCAUUAUAAAAUAUGAAAAUCUGAUGAACCCUUUUCCUUUCUCUUUUCGGAUGAGAUUAGGAGAAGAGAGAUAAGACCGCACAGGAAGAGGAAAGGGUCUCUCUCAAGCCAAAUAGCGAUGAUUCGAUUUGCGUCCUGACAUCAACCUCUCCCGCCUUCUCUUCACCUUCCCUUUCUUUUCUCGGCACUCUCUCUGUCUCUCUUUCUGUUGGGAAGAAGGAGGAGGAGAAGAAGAAGAAGAUUUACAUCAGAUUUUAUCGGCAGAAAGGGAAGAAAGAAAGGAUAGAGAGAGGUUUCAAAUCUAUGGAGUCCACACAAGCAAUCACUGACAAGGAAUCAAUGGUCGAUCCCUUCUUAGUCGAGGCUCUCCAAAACCCACGUCAUCGUCUCACAAUUUUAAGGAUGGAACUUGAUAUCCAGAGAUUUCUUCAAAAUCCUGUUCAACAACAAUUUGAAUUCCAACAUUUCCCUACUUCCUACCUUAGGCUUGCAGCACAUCGUGUUGCUCAACACUAUGGGCUUAUAACCAUGGUACAGGAUAAUAGCUUUGAUGGUCUGGUGAAUAAAAUUCUGGUGAAGAAAACUGCAGAAAUCAGAUAUCCUGCUGUGCGUUUAUGUGAAAUCCCUGCUAAACAGUGGGAAAGUGAUAAAUCUGAGCAGGUUAAGAUUGUCAUUAGGCCUCGACCUAAUAAAGGCUCUACAAAUGAAUUUAAUGAAUUUGGAGUCAAACAAGAUCCUGUGAGAAGUGUGGAAGAGCGAAAGGAAGAGUAUGACAGGGCACGUGCUCGCAUCUUCAGUAGCCCUAGCAGUACCAAUUUGGAUGAUGUAGUAUCUCAGGGUUCUAUAGAUAGAAAAAGCACAAAUCCAAGCAAGGAUGAGCUUGAAAAUUGCAGGUACUCUGCAAACGAUCCAGAAAAAAAUAUUAAUCCCAGGGAUGGUGCACCAUCUCGAGUUGCCAUUUUCAGAGAUAGGGAGAAGGACCGUACUGACCCAGACUAUGAUCGGAGUUAUGACAGGUACAUUAGGAGCCUCCCGACCAACCAGAGCUUUAACUUGGCACCUCUAAAUAUGCAGAAGAUUCAACUUCCAUUUAUUCCAUAUGAUACUGGUUUCCCUCAGUUGGGUCAGAUGCCAAGGACUCAAAAUUCUCUUAGCUACCAGCCUGCUGCAAGUCCAGUUAUGAGCCCCUUUUGUGCUGUGGGAUCAAAUCAAACGUCAAGAGACCCUGCAUAUGUUCAAUGGCCAAGUGCUUCAAUGAUGUAUGCACAUUCAUACGAGCAAUUUAGACAUGCUGUUUUCCAGGCUCCUUUCUGUCAGCAACCUCUAAGUUUCGAGUACUCUCAAAACCAUUAAAUAUCUAGAUGGGAAUUGUAUUACAUGAUUUACUUGGCAGAUUUCUUUACACUCCUAGGAACUACAUGGUUAGUAGGAUUAUGUCAGACUGUUGUGUUGCAAACCAUUUGUGGCAGAUGUAGUUUAUAUGGUUGAUACUUCCGGUUCUUUUUGUGGAUGUUGAAUGCUGAUGCCACUCUUUUGCCUUU